UAUUCUGACAUCAUCAACUCACUUUUGCCAUCAUUGUUCUGUUCUUUACGCUGAGCUCCUCCUCCCGCCUACGAUCACUGAUCCAUUUCUUCUACCAGAUCCGAACAGGAGCAGUUAUUGUGAUCGAGCUGGUUGAAUUCUGAUGGCAUUAUUCCGUGGACUCCCCAUUCCUGCAGAGAAGGAGUACUUACGAGAUGACCUGUGUAAGAUAGAUGAAAGCUGGACAACUGCACGUUUCGAUUCUCUUCCCCAUGUUGUUCAUAUUUUGACCUCGAAGGAUCGGGAAGGUGAAGUGCAUAUUCUGAAGGAACAGAGUGAAAUUGUCGAGGAAAUAGUAGACGAAGUAGUGCAUGCAUAUCAUGGUGGUUUCAAUAAAGCAAUUCAGAAUUAUUCGCAGAUUCUGCGGUUAUUCACUGAAUCUACCCAGAGCAUUAGUGGCUUAAAGGUUGAUUUGACUGAUACAAAGAAACUUUUGGGUGCCCGUAACAAGCAGUUACAUCAAUUAUGGUAUCGGUCAGUUACACUGCGACAUAUUAUAGCUCUCUUGGAGCAAAUUGAAGGCAUAGCAAAGAUUCCAACUCAGAUAGAGAAGUUCAUUGCUGAAAAGCAGUUCUAUGCUGCUGCGCAAUUUCAAGUUCAAUCAGCUGGGAUGCUUGAUAGAGAGGGCCUUCAGACGGUUGGUGCUCUGCAGGAUGUCAAAACUGAAUUGUCAAAGCUCCGAGGAGUUCUCUUCUACAAAAUAUUGGAAGAUUUGCAUGCUCAUCUCUAUCAUAAGGGUGAACACAGUCCAGCUCUGUUCAAUAUUAAUGAAAGGGAGGAUAAAAUCCCAACUACAACAGCCAUUGCAUUGUCUCGAAAAACCAACUCUUCAGUGAAUGGCCAUGGUGAACAUGGUGUGCUGGAACAUCAUAAUACUGCAUCAGGUUCUAAAGGUGGUGAUGGUGCCUUAAAGGAUGCCAAAGAUGCACAUCAAGUUCCAACAUGGCUUUCAGAUGCUACUCCUGAUGAAUUUAUUGAAGCAAUGACAAAGAGUGAUGCUCCAUUGCAUGUGAAGUACUUGCAGACCAUGGUUGAGUGCCUUUGCAUGAUUGGCAAAGUUGCUGCUUGUGGUGCCAUAAUAUGCCAAAGAUUCAGGCCUACAAUACAUGAGAUAAUCACUACCAAGAUCAAAUCUAUUGCAGAAAAUGUAAAUAGUUCAAGACCUGACAUUGGCCCAUGCGCUCAAACUGCCAUUACAGGUUUACACCUUCUGAAAGGAAAAUUUGAGAGUUAUCCAUCACUGGAACAAAAACGUCAAAAUGGGAUAUCAAUGGCUGGAGUGGUGCUAGCUGUCAGUCCUGUCUCAUCUGUAAUGGCUCCUACAGGAAAAGCACAGGCUGCUGCAAAGGAGCUUCUUGAUUCAAUUUUGGACUCUGUUCUUUGCAUAUUUGAAAACCACAUAAUUGUUGGCGAUCUUCUCGAGACAAAAUCUUUGCAACAAGUUGACUUGAAUACACCAAGGUCUAUGCCUACUGAUAUUAAUUGGAAUGCAGAUUCAGACAUGUCUCGUGAUACUGGAGGCUAUAGUAUUAGCUUUUCCUUGAAUGUCUUGCAGAGUGAAUGUCAACAAUUAAUUUGUGAAAUCCUACGGGCAACUCCUGAAGCUGCUUCUGCUGAUGCUGCUGUCCAAACAGCCAGACUUGUUAGCAAGACACCUUCAAAGGAUAAGAGAGAUGGAUCUGAAGAUGGUUUCACGUUUACUUUUCGCUUCACAGAUGCUACUGUAUCUGUUCCUAACCAUGGAGUUGACCUUAUCAGCCAAGGAUGGAGUUCAAGGGCCUCAAAUGUAGUUAAAGAAGGUUAUGGCAGUACAGCUGUUUUGCCUGAGCAGGGACUAUAUUUAGCAGCAUCUUUAUAUCGGCCUUCUGUUGAGUUUACAGAUAAAAUUGCUUCAAUGCUACCUCAAAAGUUUUCCCAUCUUGGGAAGGAUGGGCUGCUAACAUUUGUGGAGAACUUUGUGAAGGAUCGUUUCUUACCAGCACUGUUUGUAGAUUACAGGAAAGCUGUGCAGCAGGCCAUAGCAAGCCCUGCUGCAUUCCGGCCUCGAGCUCAAGCAACGUCUUAUAUCUCUUCAGUUGAGAAAGGGCGGCCUGUGCUACAAGGACUUCUGGCAAUUUCUUUUUUAGCUGAAGAGGUGCUUGGAUGGGCUCAAGCAUUGCCUAAAUUUGCUACUGGUGUUGUGAACUAUGUGCAAAGUUUUCUUGAAAGGACAUAUGAAAGAUGUCGAACUUCAUAUAUGGAGGCUGUUCUUGAGAAACAAAGUUACAUGGUCAUUGGAAGAUAUGACAUUGAAAAUCUAAUGCGACUUCAUCCAGCCAGUGCAUAUUUACCAAGCUCAGUUCGUUAUCCAAACUCAGAAAAUUAUGCUUCUUCUGAUGGUAGGGAUUACGAGAAGGAAAUAAGCGAUCUAUUAUUGAAUUUGAGGCCGAUCAAACGGGAGAACUUGAUUCGCGAUGAUAACAAACUCGUUCUUUUGGCAUCUUUGAGUGAUUCACUGGAAUUUGUUGCAGACUCUAUAGAAAGGCUUGCAAAGAUGCACUGCAGAGCAUCUGCUCAAGUAGAAGAUAGUGGUAGGCAGAAAACUCACCAUCACCGUAAGACAACUAGUUCUGUUCCCAAGGAUCUGAUAUCAUUUGCUGAGGAGUAUAGAAAAUUGGCAGUUGAUUGCCUCAAGGUUUUGCGUAUAGAGUUUCAGUUGGAGACUAUUUUCCACAUGCAGGAAAUGACAAUUAGGGAAUAUCUGGAUGACCAUGACACAGAGGAGCCUGAUGAGUAUGUAAUCUCAUUAACGUCACUGAUAACACGGCGAGAUGAAGGAAUGUUACCUUUCAUUGCUGGACCAAAGCGUAACUAUAUUUUUGGUUCCAUAUGCAUUGUUGCAGCAAAUUCCUUCAUCAAGGCUUUGAAUGAUAUAAAAUCUAUCAACCUAUUUGGGGUUCAACAGAUAUGUCGCAACUCCAUUGCACUGGAGCAGGCUCUUGCUGCCAUCCCCUCUAUCGACAGUGGAGUUGUGAAGUCGAGUUUUGAACGGGUCCGUACAUAUUAUGAGCUACUAAACAUCCCAUUUGAGGCCCUAAUUGUGUUCGUUAUCGAUAAUGAGCCCAUAUUUACAAAUGCAGAGUAUUAUAGUCUUCUAAAAGUGCAGGUCCCAGGAAGGGAAAUCCCAGUUGAUGCAGAGCAUCGUCUAGCUGAGAUAUUGCCCCGCUAGGCAUGAGCAAUGAAGGAUGUUCUAUGAAUUGCAGGCGUAGACGACGACGAUUAAAUGAUUUGAUAAUCAUGGCAGUGCAGUUGCAGGUAUGGAUGGAUACAUGUGUGAUCGAGUGGAUCUCAUCUUUCCAUUUAUUUAUUUAUUUAUGUUCUCCAAACACUUCUAAUAAUAUAAAUAAAUAAAUAAGCAUAGUCCAAUGGACAACUUAGAAUAAUAUUUAUUUUCUUGCAAAUUGCAAUCAGUUCACUGAAUAAGGCAUCCCUCAUCAUUUGGCAUAUGCCACACCAGUCUCUUUGUUUGUAAAAAAU